UGCCAAGUGUUACGAAAUUCAAUAUCCGCAAGUUAGUAAGCAUUUCGCGGAUAACAUUUCGCCGGCAGGCGAGAUCCGGGAUCGUUUGCUACCUAGCAAGAUUUCACCCAUUACCAUUAAAGAAAAAUGUUAUAGCCAUAGCUUGGCAAAAGCUGUCCGUAAUUAUCAAGGAACUGCAAAAGGAUUCGUGGUUAUCAAAUCUGCUGUUUUAAAUCAUAUUCGUAUGAACAUCCAAAAUGAAGAAACCGAUAUUAGCUGGAAUGCACUUUAUUGCUGCGGUGCAGUUAUUUCGCUGUAGUUCUGCCAACGAUGAAGCCCAAAUGGACCCUUUUGAGUUCUCAGUGCCGUUUCCGCGGUUUUCCACGGAACCAAUGACCCAGGAUCAGUGCGCGCUACAAUUCACUGCCAACUGCGGAUAUUUCACCGAUAACUCCAUCAAUAACUGCACCCUUGACCAAGGUUUAAAUAUAAUGUGUAAGCCUGAGGUCAACGCAAAAGAGCUCCUACAGUUAGCCACAGCCUUGUCUAAACCACCGAUUAAAGCGGUCGCAAUCAGUUUGGAAGACGGUGCUUACAUCAGCUUUGCUAACCUUUCUCCUGUACGCAAGCAAACAGUUAUCUUUGGCUUGAAUAACUGCAUCACACCACGCUCAACAAAGAAGUUGGCGCAAUUACGUAUGCCGAAUCUGUUACACUUCAUAGUGGCACAAUGCAGAAACUUGGACGUGCGACGAGCGGAUUUCUGGCAAUCCAGCAAACUCAGACUGAUUGAAUUUUGGAAUACAACCUUGCAGUUUCUGGAAGUGGAUACAUUCACUGAUCUUCCGGCGUUGCGAUUGUUAUCCUUAGAAAGUGCUUUCCAUGAAAUGGGGGUUUUUGAUGAUCGAGUCCGACAAUACCUGGCGCGACUGCAUUGCGGUUGCGAGUACGAAUGGUUCCGAGACUGGUGGCAGGUGAACGGACUAUUGCGUCAGGCUGCGGAGGGAGAAGUAUAUCGAACCACUGACGGUGCAUGGGAGAACGGCGUUUUUGUUAAAGAGAGCGUUUUCUUGCCGGUUGACUGCGCCACGAAUCCGUUCCACACUGGAUUCAACACUAUGGACAACUCGCAACCGAUUUUUUCAGCCAAUGAGGAGCGAUAUCCAGAAAAAUGGAACCCCGGAUGCAAAAAUAGCAGCGGCGACCCGGAAAAAUUCCCUGUAAUGGGAACCGUAAAGGGCACUAUUGAAGAGUGCCAUUUACGAUUCUCUUUGGGCUGCCUGCCGCUCAAUGCUGCAGUCUACGGUUGCCAAUCUUGGUAUGAUGGCGUUGCAGGAGUGGACGUGGGCUGUGAAACUCCCGAGGGAAUGGCAGAGCAUGCGCGACUGACGGCGGCAGGGUCGACAAAGUUUUACUCCCGACCCAUCGAUAUCUGGAUUUCUGGGGAUGCUGCAUCUCACCUUACCGCUGUGGAUUUGCAGUCAAUUCGAAAUCAGGUUGUAAGUUUCGGAAUCUUUGGAUGUGUGAGCGUCCGGUCGACGUACAUGUUAUAUGAAUUUGACUUCUUCAAUGCGCUAGAGCAUAUCUUGCAAGACUGCACGGAGCUCGACGUCCGGAGGAAAGAUUACCAACGAUCCAAAAAACUGCGAAGCAUUGUUUAUACUAAUGUUACAAUUCGUACGUUAGAGAGAGACGCAUUUAGCGAUCUACCUGAUCUGCGGAUUGUGGCGUUGGAGAAAGGCAUACAGAAACACCGUGAUGCACAAUUUCGCUGGGUACCGACACCAGUUUUCGAGCAAAGCCACCUAGACUAUCUGUUCCGACUGCACUGCGGAUGUGACUUUGCCUGGUUUCGCCGCUGGUGGAAAGAGAACACUGCCUUGUUGCGUGACCACGUUCAAACCUUUGAGGUCUACGCUUUCCAGUUUAGUUGGGCAAACAGCGAAAUGUUUAGAGAAGACCUUUUUCUGCCGAUUGACUGCGCUGUUGGAAUCCCCAAUGGAUCCGCAUCUGUAAAUUUUAAUCAAACAGAAUACUCGAUAAAUGAUACUGAGUGUUGAAAAAACAUACUUAUACGGCAGACUGGGAGCCUUGUGUGCCCAUUUCUUUAGUGCUCUGAUAUGAUCACCUGUCUCAGUAUCGGUAGUGCGAACCUUUCUGUAUUUUAUUUAGUGGUUACAUGGUUUCGUUGAAGCCAUAAGCGAAGGCAGUUUCAA